AUGAGAAGUAGUAGAGCAGAGGAAGAGGAAGAUGAAGAUCUGUCUGACAGUCCUCUUAAUGUCCACAGUCGUCACACUCAACACUGCAGACGCUCAUGUCUAUUGUGUACAGGCAACGUGAGGUUGGUUGGUGGUAACAGUCCCUGUGCUGGUAGAGUGGAGGUUCAUCAUGAUGGUCAGUGGGGAACAGUUUGCGAUGAUGGCUGGGAUACUAAAGCUGCUGGACUGGUGUGUAAAGAGCUGAACUGUGGUAGAGCGUUACGUGCAGUUGGUGUUGCUCACUUUGGACAAGGAUCAGGACCAAUCUGGAUGGAUGAAGUGAAGUGUACUGGAUCAGAGUCAACACUGAAGGACUGUACAUCAGAAGGAUGGGGUGAUAAUAACUGUAAUCAUGAUGAAGAUGCUGGAGUUAUCUGCUUAGGUCGCCUCCCCAGACUCGUUAAUGGUUCUCAUCUUUGUGCUGGGAGGUUAGAGAUACUUCAAAUAAAGACGUGGAUGUCAGUGUGUGCCGCUGCCUUUGACCAGCAGGAUGCAGAGGUUGUGUGUAGAGAGCUGGACUGUGGGGCUCCUGUACAGGUGCUGGGAGCAGCUGCUUUUGGCAAAGGAGACACUCAGAUGUGGAAACACGAGAUUCAGUGCAGAGGAAAUGAAUCAUACUUUGAAUUCUGUUCUAGAUCCAGCUCUUCACAUAAACACUGUUCCCAUGAAAAUGCUGUAGGAGUAAUAUGCUCUGGUUACACUGAUCUCAGACUGGUAAACAGUUCAGACUCUUGUUCUGGAAGAGUGGAGCUUCGGUUCAUCAAUGAGUGGGGAACAGUGUGUGAUGCAUGCUGGGAUAUGAGAGCUGCCAGUGUCCUUUGUAGACAGCUGAAUUGUGGGAUUGCUGUGUCUGUUGUGGGAUCAGACUGGUUUGGAGAGGGAAGUGGUGAAAUCUGGGCUGAUGUGUUUGAUUGUGACGGGAAUGAAACAAAACUCUCAGAAUGUUCCAUCUCUUCAUGGAGUCGAGCUCAGUGUUCUCAUAGUCGAGAUGUUGGAGUCAUCUGCUCUGGCAGUAAAGCUCAUCAGGGGAACUGCAGCUCUUCACAAACUCUCAACUGCAGCUCCACACAACAUGAUGAGGUGGAGUGUGAGGGGAAUGAGACGUCCCUGUGGAGCUGCUCUUCUCCAGGCUGGGGAAAACAUGACUGUCAGCACAAGGAGGAUGUAGGAGUCAUGUGCUCAGAGUUUAAAGAGAUCAGGUUAACUGAAGGCUGUGAAGGGAAUGUGGAGGUUUUCUACAAUGGUUCCUGGGGAAAUGUGUGUUUAAACCAGAUGGACAGAGACACAGCGAGUCUGAUCUGUCAAGAGCUGAACUGUGGAAGAUCUGGCAGUGAACCCAGUUAUUCAGUGGGACUGAGAUCUGCUCCUAAUUGGUUAGAUCAUCUUAAAUGUCGAAAACAUGACAAAACUUUGUGGCAGUGUCCAUCUUUACCCUGGGGCCAGAACAACUGUUAUGAUAAUGAGGUGGCCAAUAUCACUUGCUUUGAGAAAGAGAGUACUGAGUCUCCACAGAGUCGUCUGACAUGUUCAGCAUCUCCUCACCAGAGACAGUGUUCAAAGCAUCUUCCUCUCAGACUGAGUGGAGGGGAGGGCCGGUGCUCCGGGAGGCUGGAGGUGUAUCAUAACUCUGUGUGGGGCUCAGUCUGUGAUGAUCAGUGGGACAUCAGCGAUGCUCAGGUGGUCUGCAGGCAGCUGGGUUGUGGAGCAGCACUGAGGGCUGAUGGGAAUUCAGUCUUUGGUGCUGGUGAAGGUGUUGUGUGGCUGAACAGAGUCGAGUGCAGAGGGAAUGAGAUUCACCUGUGGGACUGUCCUCUCUCCCUGAAAAACCACACUGACUGCUCCCGCAAAGAGCACGCUGGACUCACCUGUGCAGGUUUGCCAGAUGUGUCAGUGUCCACUUCUCCUGCCACAACAUCAUCAGCUUCUCCUCCAGUUUCUCCUCCAGUGCGCUUAACAUCAGUCGCUCCUCCACAAACUCCUCCAGCAGCGUCUCUCUCCGUCCCCUCAGUGCUUGUGAUUAUACUGGGAGUUGUGCUCUUACUGCUCUUAGUGCCACUGCUUAUACUGAUUCAGCAGAACAGAGUGAUGAGGAGAGCUCUCUCUAAGAGGAGACACAGGACGACGACUGAGGCCAUUUAUGAGGAGAUUCAGCACAGACACAAUCACUUCACUCAGAGGGACAAAAUGGACCAAGAGGUUCCAGAAGAAUAUGUCAACACUGAUAGACUGAAUUAUUGCACGAAUGAGACCUAUGAUGAUGCCACAACCAUGAGAAAAGAGUAUGGAGAAGAGGAGCCAAUUGAAGAUGAAAAGAGUGUGUGA